GGAGCGGAAAAUGGCGGCGGCCGCGCAGCUCACGGAUGAGGAGCUUUUCUCGGAGCUGCGGCGCUUCGGCUUCUCCCCGGGGCCGGUCAGCGAGAGCACCCGGCCCGUCUACCUGAAGAAGCUGAAGAAGCUGCGCGAGGACGAGCGGGCCGGGGCCCGCAGCGGCGCCAACAAGACCCGGAACAGCAACAACAAUAACACGGGGGCCGGAGCGGCGCCGGGCGGCGGCGGCGGCUCGGGCAGAGCGGCCGCUGGCGCGGGUGCCCGGCUGGCCGGCGCGGAGCACCCCUACCUCCCCGGGGCUGGCGCCGCGGGCGGCCGGAGCCGCGCAGCACCCCCUGCCGGGGGCAGCAAAGUGCUGCUGGGCUUCAGCUCGGACGAGUCGGAUGUGGAGGGCAGCCCCCGGAGCCAGGCCGGCGCCGGCCGCAGGGAGCGGGCUUCGCCCGGCCUGCGCGGCCCGCGGCCUGCCGCCCCCCUCGGCGCCUGCGGCCUCGCCAGCAGCUCGCCGCCGGAGGAGGCGGCCAGGCGGAAGCCCGGGGCCUGGUGGGGGGCGGCGGCCCGGAGACCGGCGGCGGCUCCGGCUCAGGCUGUGAGGGAGCCCUGCGACGGCGAGGAGGAAGGAGGGGAGGAAGAGGACGGCGACGAAGAGGAGGAGGAGGAGGAGGAAGGCGGCAGCGAACAGUGGAAGAACCGGACUGUGAACGGCAGCCGGCUGCUCGCCUUCGGCAGCAGGGAUAAGUACUCUGACUCGGAGGAGGAGGAGGCGGCGGGGGCCAGGGCCAAGCAGCAGGUACCGAGGGAGGAGCCUGCAGUUCGCCGGCCCAGACGGAGCCUCAGCAAGUCUCCUGCCCCAUUCAUAGCAAGCAAAUGCGCUGCAGCCGGCGCCGGCGUGGUGGAGACGGGCCAAGAAAGGGCUGGCGGAGGCUGUGGUGCCGGUGUAGUCGUAACGAAUGACAGGGCGGCGGCGGCUGCCGGGAGUCUAGACAGGGGCAGAAAUCAUGAGGAAGAGGAGGCGGCGGCAGCGAUAGGGGGAGGAGGAGGAUGUGAAAAACUGGACUGUAGUCCUCCCACUCCUAGAUACCGCAUUGGCCUGUCUAAGAAAUCCCCUGCAGUAUUGUUGCUGCCAGCACCGCUCACAGACAUGGACAGCAGUAAAAUCACUGACCCUCCGGGUGCCACUAGGAAAGCGACCAAUAAUCAUGUUCUCAGCGGUGCUGCUGGUAGCUAUAAUGUUGAAUCCAGGAUCUAUUCAGCUACUAAUAGCCUUCCCUUGGGUGGAACCUCCUCCCUUAGACUCAACCACUCCAAUCAUACGGGUUCAAAUCAUACCUACCUGAAAAACACCUACAAGAAGAAUCUCUCAGAGCCCGAGGAGGAGCUUCUCCAACAGUUCAAAAGAGAGGAGGUAUCCACCACUGGAGGCUUCAGUGCACAUUACCUGUCCAUGUUCCUCUUAACUGCUGCAUGCUUGUUCUUUCUGAUACUGGGCUUCACAUACCUGAGAAUGAGAGGUUCUGGAGUAGCUGAGGAUGUAGAAGUCAACAUUAAACAUCCUUUCAGUGGCAAACUACAAAAAAUACAGGAAGAUGAAAGAAGUCUCAUGAUGAACAGCUUAUAUGCACUUCACGAUAAAUUGGCACAAGUAGCAGGGGAACAUGAAUGUGGCAGCUCUAAUCAAAGAAAUCUUACCGUCCAGGAGGCAGCUGCAUAUUUGAAAAGCUUAGAUCCAGAAUAUGAAAGCGUACUUAACAAAUCACUACAAUGGAUCUUGAAUAGUGGGGAAGAUGUUGGCAUAAAGUGUCUCAGCAAUGACCCAAAUGAAAUAAAUGUCACUAAUGUGACAAAUGUGAAAUAUCUGGAAUCCACUAGUCCAAAGAUGUCUUUCAGGUGUCGUUUUCGCCGUGCAUUUGUUAAUGUAACUCAUAGAUUAUCAAUACUACUUUUGGGUGUAGCAAUGGUAUGGGGAGUCUUGCACUACAUGAAAUAUCGUUGGGCAAAAGAGGAAGAGGAGACAAGGCAGAUGUAUGAUAUGGUGGUAAAAAUCAUAGAUGUUCUAAGAAGUCACAGUGAGGCAUGUUCUGAAAAUAAAGACUUGCAGCCUUAUAUGCCUAUUCCACAUGUACGUGAUUCUCUAAUACCCCCUCAGGACAGGAAGAAAAUGAGGAAAGUCUGGAAUAGAGCGGUUGACUUUCUUGCAGCAAAUGAAUCUAGAGUUCGCACAGAGACACGAAGAAUAGGUGGUGCUGAGUUCUUGGUUUGGAAGUGGAUGCAACCUUCUGCAGCAUGUGACAAAAUUCUAGUUAUACCAUCGAAAGUAUGGCAAGGCCAAGCAUUUCAUCUAGAUAGAAGAAAUUCACCACCAAACAGCUUGACACCGUGUCUAAAGAUUCGCAAUAUGUUUGAUCCAGUUAUGGAAAUAGGUGAUCACUGGCAUUUAGCAAUUCAAGAAGCAAUCUUGGAGAAAUGCAGUGAUAACGAUGGAAUUGUUCAUAUUGCCGUGGACAAAAAUUCACGUGAGGGUUGUGUAUAUGUCAAGUGUCUGUCUCCAGAGUAUGCUGGAAAGGCUUUUAAGGCAUUACAUGGCUCUUGGUUUGAUGGAAAGCUGGUAACAGUAAAAUACCUGCGACUAGAUCGAUAUCAUCACCGUUUUCCCCAGGCUCUUACUUGCAACACUCCCCUGAAGCCAUCAAACAAACACAUGAACUCUAUGUCACAUCUCCGUCUUCGGACAGGCACAACUAAUUCUCAGGGAAGUUCCUGAGAAGACUUUCUACAAUUGCUAGGACUGAUACUUGCAACAGGAGAAUUCCUGUUUGGCUGCCGUCUUCCUUUUUUAGUGCUUUUUGUAUGUAAUACUUUAAUGGAUUAAAUAAAAGUUUUGAACGUUCCAGAAAUCUUGUUUCCAAAGGGACUUAGCAAUGAGGCAGUAAUACUGAGCUGACGGAAAAAAAAUUGCUUCAGGAAGUUGGGGGGGGCUAUAGUAAACCAAUGCAUUUAAGUUUUGCAUGACGAAUACCGAAUUCAUUAAACAUUUUCAGAUGUGGUGACUGUAUUUUUUCACCAAGAAGUGUUUUUGAUAAUACAAAAGCAUGGAGAAAAGAAGACUUCCUGUAUUUCCAUAGUUAACUGUGAAAUAAUCUUGUGGGUAUUUUGUAACAACCAACCUACAGUUCCAGAUGGUGAGUAACUUAAAGAUAUUUUUUUUCAGUCAAUAUUAGGAUUUUGUUGCUGUAAAAGAAUCAUUUUCUGCGGCUAAGGAAUGGGGCAAUUUAACCUGGCAUUAGUGGGUGCCUAUAAGUGUGAGGGAAAACAAGCUGAAUGUGGAUAUACUGGGUUUUGUGUAUAAACAGUAAAUACUGGUGGUGGCAAAAAUGGCUGUGUUAUGUGAGGAUGUCUGCAUUGAAGCAAUGAGUAAGCUUCCUAUUUUAUUCAAAACCUAAUGUUUUAUAUGGUUUUGGCUGUACCAUGACAAGAGGCCAAAUAACUUAAAGUGUUAGAUACAAGUUAAAUAUCUUUUAUAGGUUUUAUAUGAAAAUAUCUGACUGAUUUUGUGUGAAAGGUCUGAUACCAAUUGUAAUGAAUUCAAAUUUGUGAGCAAUAAAGAAGCAAUUGGCAGAUACUGGAAAAAUAUUUUGUGAAAAGCUGUAUUCAUUAUAAAAAUUGCCAGGGCUGUGACAAAAUACCAUUGGGAUUAAGUGACUUUCCCAAUACAUUUAUAACUUGUUUUAACUAACCAAUUAACUGUUAGACAACAAUUUUGGCUGAUGCAGACUAGAAAUAAUAGUAGGUGUUCAGCUGACAGUAAUUGCUGUGAUUCCAAGCCUGUAAAUUUGUUAACAAUUAGCCAGUAACUACAAAAACUGUUGCUGAGAAGUCUAGUUGCAAAUCUAAGACCAUUGGCUUUACUAAGGCCCACUCCUACAACACAAUUUUGUCUGAUUACCCAGCUGAAUAUUCCAUAGGUGGUGAGACUGAAAGCGCACCAGUGAAAUGAAUUUUAUUGAAACUCACUUUAUUUUGUAGAUAUGAUGGAUUUGCAGCAUGAACUUGCACAAAUAAUGCACGUUUUUCUUAUGGUUAAGUAAACAUGAUGCACACUGUUCUGCAACAGAAAAUCCUAUUGUGCCUUACCUUUGUGCUUUUGUGGGCACCAUGUUUAUUACUGGAGAGUUUGUUAACCGAAAAAUUUUAAAUUCUCAGUUUUAUGUCUCAGAUGCUAAUGAAUGAGUAUAUAUAAUAUAUAAUCAGCCAUGCAGAAUUCUACUUACCAAGGACAAGUACAUAUUUUUGAUGGGUGAGUAGAUUUUGUGCCAGGUCUGGUAGAUUUUGAUGAGUUUUACUAUAUACAUAUAUGUAUAUGUAUAAUAUACAUGUAUAUGUAUUAUAUAUGUAUAUAAACUAAUUUUGUUGUAUUUGAUGUGCAUCAUAGUGAUUUGUUAACCUGACCUUAGUGACCCCAUCUUGUGACCUGUUGCAAGAGUGAAUGUAAAAAUAGUUGUGGCAUUUUAAAAGGUCGCCUUUUGAUGCAGGUGCAAAAUGCAUCGUUCUUGCUUCUAAAAUAUAUUUCUUGUAAACACUGUACAUUUUAUUAUUGUAAUAUGACUAUUAUGCAGCUUAUUUUACCUAAAACUGUUAAGUUGACCAAUAUCCCUUCCUGCAAGACAGAUGGGAAUGUGUAUAAUACCUAAACAUUUGAGAAGAAUCAGAUGUUUGAUGUAAUUUGUCACCCUGUCCUGUAAAAACUAAACAAAAAACAAAAAAAAAAUCAAAUUAAAGGUUUAUUAGGGUUUUUA